GGAGGUGUUGCGAGAAUCGAACUCGCGACAUCUCGCACCCGAAGCGAGAAUCAUACCACUAGCCCAAACACCCAAACCUGCGGGCACUUUCACAUCAUUAUUGUACUAAUACGCUAAAUAACGCUAAAUAAAAAGGAUUCAUGAAUCACAAAAAAUCCCGCCGUCUCAUCGAACUGAUUGAAACUGAAAGGGCAAAAUGGAUACUGUAAUGUUAUCUUCUUCCUCCAUGGCUCUCCAUCGCCUGCUCCGACCCGUACCCGUACCCAUGCCCAUUCUCUCUUUCUCCUUCCUUAAACAAUCUCUCUCUUUUCCUCCCCAUCAAACGACGUCGCUUCAUCCCAUAUUCCCCUCCCUUCCUACCCAUACAUCCAUCUUCCUUCCUUCUAGAACUUUCUCGAACCUUCCAGUUAGCUGUACUUCUCAAGCCCUAGUGGAGUCCUCUGUCGAUGACGAGGAAAUUGCAGAAGAAAUUGGAGGAGAGAGUGCUUCCAGGCCGAGUGAAUCUGAGAGAAAAAUAUUGAGAGCGAAGUUGCCGAACCUGAGUAUGAAGGAGAAGAAGGAAUUGGCAUCGUAUGCACACAGUUUAGGGAAGAAGCUAAAGAGUCAACAGGUUGGAAAAUCUGGUGUUACUGACACUGUGGUAAUGGCUUUGGAUGAGACUCUUGAAGCUAAUGAGCUUCUCAAGCUCAAAAUACAUGGUACUUGUCCUGGAGGAGAGCUGGAUGAUAUUGUAAAGCAUUUAGAGGAAGCAACUGGCUCAGUGGUUGUUGGUCAAAUAGGUAGGACUGUGAUUCUCUACCGUCCGAGCCUGACAAAAAUGAAAGCUGAAGAGAAGAAGAAACAGGCUCAAAGUCUUUAUAUGAAAAAACAAAAGCAAUACGCUGAGAGAAGAUCAUUUCAGGAUAAAGGACAAGUGCCAAGACCAUAUGCUCGUGGUCGCCAAGGAAUUAGCAGGGUUUGAUCUUUCAUUGUGGUCCAUUUCUUCAUUUCCUUUCUACAGUAACCACCACAGAGCUCCCAUGUCUGGGUUAAAAUUUCGCAAUUAUUCCCUCAGACAGAUGCACACUGAAGGUGUGAAGAUCAGAGGGACAAAGAGACUGCAUAUGAAAUAUCUAGUCUAGUCUAGAAGUUUGCAUUUGUACCUUUUGUAAUUUUCGUGGGAUGUCAGACGAUCUAGAAGAAAGAAAUCAGUUUUGACUCUGAAUCCUUUAUUAUUAAAUUUAGACAUUCGUAAUCAUAAUUAUGACUAA